AGAUGGAAGCUGAGAAUCUGGAGAACCCAGAACUGGAGGCACCUGUACAACACAGACCUGUUGAGGUGGUGAUUGAUAUCCAGACAUGUUUACAAAAUUUUGUGGGAGGUGAAUUGUUUGGGGACAAAGAUAAUAAAAAGUUUGACAGUCACGAAAACAUAGUGGGUGUAAGAGGUUGUAUGACUCACUCUCACUCAUUUUCUAUUACAAAUGCUUCAACUGAUGAGUUGGAACCUGUACAAUGUCACAAAGAAUGUCUUUCUACUCAUAAUAACAGUGUACAAAUGGACCAAACCGAAGCCACACGGACACCCAAAACUGAAGCAAGCAAAACGUUGGUUGCAGCCCUUGAAGACCAUCAAACCUGCACAAUAGAUAUGUCAAACUCAACCACUGACUUGGGUGAUAGUUCUCACAUCAUUUCACUGUAUCCAGAGUGUCUCAGUACAGAAACUAUUAGACGUAAUGUUGACUGUCCUGCCGCAAUCAGUGAUGUAUUUUUGAGAAAGGAAGAUCAGAUUCUCCAUCUUGCCCAAAUCUCACCAUUAGCACUGAUCCAGAGCCAUGUAAGAUUCAUAGUAGCAGCGUUCAGUGUUCAGCCCCUGCACUAAUUUCAAUGGAGCUUUCUGAAUGUGCUGCUUCCCCAUGUGCAGGAGUGGGUAAGUGCCAAGGCCCAAGUACUUUCCCGAAUACAGUACACCACAUAGAAAUCAAGACCAGUUCAAGUCCGUUCUGUGCUGCAGAACAAACAUCUAAUAAAGGACAUGAGGAGCUGUCUGACUCUUCUGAUGAUGUUAACUGUUUAGAUCAGUCUUUUGAAGAACUUGCCACCAGUACCACCACACACAGCAAAGGUAUCACCGCAAACCUGGGAGAAAAACUGCACACAUCUCUCGUAAAAGAAUACCACAUUCACCCAGAAUCAAAGGCUGUGGAUGACAAAAAUAGCCUGUUCAAGAAAGUGGCCCAUCCACCUCUCUCCCAGUGUUCGCUGAACUCCAUCCCUGAGUUGUUGAUCUCUGAGUGGAAGGACAUGGAUGAGGAGCCUCUAGAGGAUUUUGAAAAACUAGAGCAACUGUGCUGCAUUUCUGGAGAUGAAGAGACCCUUGGAGAUCUGUUUUUAGGAAACUUAGAUCUGCUUGAAUCUUUGAAGAGAAAUCCAGAGCAAAGAACUAGUGGUGCUGGAGGAAUAAUAAAUCAUCAUGACUCAGCAGAUGCAGAGGGGAUGAUGAGAGAAGAGCUAAAAGAGGAAGUUGACGGGAUAUCGAAAAGUACCACGGUUGUCUUGCAACAGUCAGAGCAAUAUGAAAACAUUUCUCCAAAUUUCCCUGGUGAAGCUCAGCAGUCAGUGGAAAAGAGAACGGGGCAGCUCGUGCCAACAUCUCUCUCACCAUGCAAUUCUGCAGAUGGUUCCAAAGGGCAGAGGUCUCUUUCAAAAAUGCAGGCAAAAAAUGGACUGAUGAUGCAGGUUUGUGAGGAAAGACUCCAGUACUCUCUCAGUGAAAAUGUUAAAGCAAAUGUCCUGUGGGGGUCUGCAGUUAGUGACAGUGUGAUUCAGCACCCUUGUGGAGCCUCUACCACUUGGUCCUCUGAAGAAAAUGUUGCAAACAAAGAUUUCCAAGAAAAUGAGAGCAGUAAAGAGGAGACCCCACCCUCCUCUUCUUCUGUGUCUGUGAGUGAACCUGCUGAAGCAAAGACAGAAGGAAUUACUGUGCUCGAACAGCCUGAGGUUACACCUUCACUGCCAGCUGCAAAUCAAGCUAUGAAAGCUAAGCUGGCCCGUCUCUCUUUAUCCCUCCCUCCGCUCGCUCUUUCUCUUCCUCUCUCACCAAAUGCCAAAGGAGGAGGAUUCUGGGAAGGGGGAGAGCACAGAGGGGGAAGGAGGAGGAUUGCUUCAACAGGUAGCGAUCCAGAUGAAGAUGAUGAAGAGGAACAGGAGGAUGAGUCUCCCAGGCGCGUCAUCGUUGUCACAGAAACAGAUGUUGACAAGAGAGUGGGUUUGCGCAGCUUGCUGAAAUCACCAAAGGAACAAGUGGACAAAGAGAACCGUGACCGUGGGAGGAAUGUAUCAUUUUUUGAUGAUGUCACAGUCUAUCUUUUUGAUCAGGAAACCCCAACCAAUGAACUGAGCUCUGGAUCUAAUAGUUCAUCUCCCCAAGGAAAGCCCCCCAACACUGAUGGUUUUGGAUCAGGCAACCACAAGGCAUCAAAAAGUAAAGACCAUGUAGUGAAGGCAAGAUCUCCAACUGGAGUAACUUCCAGCUCAUCAUCAAGGUUUACAGUGAGCCCUGCCAAUGACCCACAUUUAGUGUGACAUACUACAGUUCCCAUGAACACCUGGACAGAAUGUAUGCCCCUGGAGUGAAUGAGUGGCCCCCAUUGUCAUCGGUAACUAUGACGACUCCUGGAGGUUAUUUUUUUAACUGCAAGAAAAAGAAGGACUCCCGUUUCAAAAGGCUGGAGGCAGUCCAGGUUUUACACACUGCAGUAGUUGUAGUGGUUGAUCCACACAUAGAAAGUUCCUUCCAAACAGCCAAAAUCCUUGGAGUUAUGUAAAAUCUGACAUGUACUUUUGGGCUAUGCAAUGGGAGUCUUAUUAUGUACCAGCUUAACUGUUCUAUUUUCAUGGCUUCUUGAGGUAUGUUUGUAUUUUACUCCCUUUGAAUGAAGGGGAGCACUUUCUCUGACCAGUACAUGUCUAGUUGUGAGCUUAGAAAUAUCGACACGGUAAAUUUGUUCUCAUUGCAGUCAGACGUUCUUGUAGUUUGUGGUUGAGGAGAAAAUCAUCUUUUUCCAAAUCACAGCAGUGCAGUUCUCAUUUAGCAUUUGUACAAACUAAAUAUUAAAUUGCAACAGAAUACAAACUCAUUUUGAAAACAUUUAUUUUAAUUGUAUUCUUAGAAUGCACGAAAAAACACAACUGCAACUAACUGUCAUGUUUAAUACUGUAUUUUUUAUUGCAAAUGUUAUUUAUUUCUGUAUCUAAUUUCUUUACUUGUUUAUUUAUUCUGCAUUUGUUUUUUAUUUUUAAUAUAUGUUUGUCUGUUGGCUUAAGUCACUUCAGAAGUUUAUGUAUAUUGUAUAUUUAGUUUGUAUCAAAUUAUUUUCUAUUAAUGUUAUUUUCCAUUUAAUCCUAAAAAACAUAUCUUUGCAUAGGUACAAAGACUUUGAAAUGUUUUCUCUAAUUUAGCUAUUUCUAGAUGUCAGUCUGUAUCUAGUUGUCAUAGGGUGUGUCUCUACGCAGGUGUUAUUUUCUAAUAAUGUAUUUUACAUUAGCUUUUCCUUUAUUUAUUUCGAAGCAGUAAUUAUUGCUUGGCAUGGAAAAAGAGAAAUUAGCAUACAUAACUACUAAUUGACUUAUUUAUUCAUUUUAAUUUUUUUUAUCUUAUCGUUCAUGCAAAUGUCUGACUCUUAGGUAGUCCAGAUCAUUACAUCACGUUCAGCAUCUGUUUCAUUUAGAGGAUUCAUAUUAUUCUGUAAGAAGCUGAAGGAGUGAAAAUAACAUGGAAACUGUGAAACAUUUAUUGAACUGUUUGCUGAAAAUAAAUUGUUCUGUCUUA